AUGCACUUCACCCAGGCUCUCACCGUUGCUCUUUCGCUCUCGGCUGCUGCCGUAAAUGCGGCCCCUGUUCGCGCUGGCUCAGGAGGCUCGUCCAAGGCCAUGCUCCGCUCAGUGCACGAGAGUCAAAUUGCUGCUCGCAGCAUCAACAAUGCUGUCAGCUCGCAACCUCUUCAGACUCGUGGUCUUGACUCAGUUACCCAUCUUCGCCGCGCUAUUGAUGUGCACUUUGGUCAUCUCGACCCUGAGGCGCGCGACCUAGCUAUGGUCACCGAGCUUCACCGACGAGGCCUCCUCGACCAGCUCAUCGCGGCUCUCCGCGAUCUUAUCAUUACCCUUCUGGGCCAGGGUGGUGGUAUGACGCGUCGACAGGCUAGCACCGAUCAGCUCGAGCAAGCAAUCCAUCAGGUCACCUGCAUUCUUGAUGCGCUCUUUGGCAACACCGACGAUUCGUGCUCGGAUGUCUUUGGUAGUGCUACCAACGCUACCAACGCUACCGGUGCAGUCGCAGGUAAGGGCAGGUCGCCCUUGGAGAACAAGCUUGCUGCUUUCGGAGCUCAGCUUCGAAAUUCUUCCAGUAUUACCCAGGUGGUGGACCAGCUUAUGACUCACAACGCCACUGCUCCUGCCAAGGCCAAGGGCGACAAGAAAGCCGACAAGAAGGCAGCCAAGAAUGCUAAUGCCACUUCGGUUGCCACAGCCGAAAAGCGCUCCUAUGAGCUGCUAGAGGCUCGCCAGAACUCUGGUGUUCAAGGUCUUCUUGUCGCACUUCGCGAUGUGGUCGACACGAUCCUCAACACCUUGCUCCCCAUGGCUUCGCGUGGCAAUGAAGACGCGGCCAGUUCGACCUCUUCCGGUCGAUGGCCUGCUCAAGACUGCCCUCCGCCCACCCCGAAUGACGGCAUGUACAGACCAGGAUGCCCAGGUUACGGGCGACGUGACCUGGCCGUGCGCAGGAGCAUGGACGCGCUCGGCGAGCGUGAUGCCAACAUCCUCACAAUGGUCAUGCCCAUGAUCGAGAUGUUACUCAAGCAGCUACCGCAGCUCAUUCAAUCGUUGGCAUCGUCACCGACUUCUUCUGCGGCCAAUACUGCUGCCACUGCCACUUCGGCUACUGGCGCCGCCAAGAAUGCCUCGCCCACCGCGAUGGUUGACGAUGCCUUUUCUCAGAUCAUGUCUGCCCUCGGCUACAGCGAUGAGGCUAGCAACAGCUCUUCCUCAAGCAACAAGGUGUCCGCCUCUGCCACAGGAGCUGCUGCCAAGGUCUCAGCCACGGGGGUUUCAUCCCCCAACGGUGCGACUUCGGCUGCGCGAAGUGCUGCCAACCUUAGCCAGAACUUUGCGCGCGACCUGCUCGAUGCUGAUGGUAUGAACCUCGUCAAACGCCAAGUGCCCGCCACUGCGGGCACCAAUGAUGGUACCAUUGGCAGCGAUAAUUGCGAUGCAAGCGGCAACUCGGGUGGAAUCAACGUAAGCUUGCUCAACAACCUUCUUAACGGUUUGCUGAGCGGCUUUUCGCGACGCAGCGAAGAAUACGUUCCUGUCGAAUUCUUCAAGAGACAGACCACCGGCACGGACGAUGACAGCAACGCCAUCGGUAGCGGAAACUGCAGCGCCAGUAACAAUUCGGGAGGCAUCAACUUGAGCCUGCUCGACAAUCUGUUGAAUGGUCUGCUUUCGAGCUUCGGCCGACGAGACAUCGGGGUUGAGAACACCCCUCUGGAGGCUCGUGCCGACUUUGCGCCUGUGUGGGCGCAGAUCAAGCAGCUCGGUAACGAGCAUUUCCACGCAGCUCGUGAUGUGAGCCACGAUAACUCGAUUUCGGCGGCUGCUACCGAGCGCAGUGCUGACAAUGACGACGCUCCCAACUUCACCCCCGUCUGGGAAGCGCUUCGUGACCUCAUCGACAGCGGAUACGAACAGGCUGACAAGUCUGCCGGGGCUCAGCGUCGUGACGCUGCGCCUCUCAAGCUCGACUACAAGCCUCUGAUGAAGGCCGGCAUCCAAUAUGGAAAGCAGGUGUUCAAGUCGUUUACUCACCAUGCUAAGCGCUCCACCGACUACAAGCCUUUCGUCGACGCCGCCAGCAACUUUGCCAUCACCGCCAUCAAAGAAAUGUUCCACUAG